ACCAAUUAUGUCAAUAUUUUUUUAAAAAAAAAUACCCAUAAACCUCCCUCUUAAUUGAGAGUUGAGAGGACUGCACCUCUGCUCCUCCGGCCUCCGCCGUCGUUUGUUUCGUGGGAAUGUCUUGCGUGCGGCAAGCAGUAGCUAAGAUGAUGAGGAUGAAUAGCCAUACAGUUAACCGUUUGCUCUCUCCUUCUUCAAGUGCCGCUCCUUUCUUCUCCGGCGGUGAUACUGGCCGUUGGAAUCCUCGUCUCUGGUGGUUUCUAUCUGGAAAUGCAGCACUUUUUGUUGCCAUUAAUUCGAACACGGUGUUGGCAAAAGAUGCAUCACUUGAUGAGGCUGAGGGGAUGGAAUUGCGCAGAAUCGAGGGUGAUUCUGUCAAAUUUAACAUACAUACCUCUAAGUGGAGAGUUUUUACUGAUAAGGGCAGGGAAUUCUUCCUUCAGGGGAAACUGGAGGAAGCUGAAAAGCUCUUUCUCGCAGCGUUGCAGGAAGCUAAAGAAGGUUUCGGGAAGAGGGACCCGCAUGUUGCAUCCGCGAGCAACAAUCUGGCAGAGCUCUAUAGAGUUAAUAAGCUAUAUCAUAAGGCAGAACCUUUGUAUUUGGAGGCCAUCAGCAUACUGGAGGAGUCAUUUGGUCCUGAAGAUAUACGAGUUGGGUCUGCCUUCCAUAACAUGGGGCAGUUCUAUAUUGUACAGCGGAAGCUGGAUGAAGCCCGUGUUUGCUAUGAGCAUGCUUUGAAGAUUAAACGCCGUGUUCUGGGUCUUAACCAUACAGAUUAUGCAGAUACUAUGUAUCAUCUCGGAACGGUUCUACACCUCCAAGGAAAUGAAAAGGACUCUGAGGCCCUCGUUCAAGAUUCCAUUCGAAUACUCGAGAAUGGUGGUCAAGGAGAGUCAAUAAUGUGCUUAAAGAGAAUGCGAUAUCUUGCUCAGAUAUAUCUGAAAUCCAAACGGUUUGAGGAGGCCGAGAAGGUACAAAGAAAGAUACUGCAUGUAAUGGAACUAACAAAGGGAUGGAAUGUACUGGACACAACAAUAACUGCUGAGGGGCUCGCACUGAUUCUCCAAUCCACUGGGAGCUUAAAUGAAGCUGAAGAGCUUUUUGAAAGAUGUCUUGAUGCUCGAAAAGCCUUACUUCCACGAGAUCACAUUCAGAUUGGUGUGAACUUGCUUCAUAUUGCUAGAGUGGCAAUGCUUAAUUCUGACCAACUGAAGAAUUUUGACUAUCCAAAAGCAAUUUCUGAGCUUGAUAAGGCCAAUGAAGCGUUACACGAGUCCAUAAGGAUAGCACAAUGUUGCUUGGAUAAAUUGAAAAAGCAAAAUAAGAAGAUUCACAAUUUUGGAGCAACAGGUGAAAUUGGAAAGAAUGCUCAGGUGCCGUUGGUCAUAUUGUUGGAAGCUUCUGAUGCUCUUGGCCUUUUAGAGAUUACUAAGAAACAAUUACAAGGAUCCAAGCAGUCUGAACGUGCACCUAAUAUUGAAGCUGAGAAUGCACUAUUUAAAGGUGUAUCCGCUUAUAAAGAGUUUGUAACUGAGAGAUCAAUCACUGAGUCUCCUGAAAUGAAGGUCGAGUAUCUUAAGUGUUUGAAGCAUCUUUUGAGCUUGAAUAGUGAUGGCACUACAGAAAGAACACAGCAAUCUACAGAAGCCAAUUUGCAAGAUCUGAGAGACGAAAUUAAGCGCCUUGAAGUUGAACUUUCUCCUCAUAGGAAACACAAAAUUUGAGAUGCUGAUUCUACUUGUGGGGCAGCCAAUAAAGCAUCAUUGUAGAGUUAAGGUAUUGUUAUUACUAUUAUUAGUGACUUAGGACAUUGUAUUUGUUGAGGAGUUAGCCUUCUUAGAUUUACUAACAAACAUACCUAAGCUUGUAGACUUAGGAUAGUUUUCCUCAUACUGUGUAAUUGCUUUUUCAACUACGUAUCUAAUAAAGGUAAAACAAAGCUCACAUCAAUCGCAUGAUACUGAACAUCAGCCGAAAUGAGAGAUGAUUUGGAGACCCAACACAGCAGCAUAUAAAUUUGUUGUUGUGAUUGAAAAGUUGCCCAACACAGUUUGAGAGUGCCAACAUCAAAUUGUCCUUUUCAUUGCGCAUGAUGACUCCCAAACACCGUUUUCCAGACUCUUGGUUAACUGCACCAUCCACAUUCAGCUUAACGAAAGGAAAAGAAUGACAUCUCCAACGAGUUCGUUAAGGAAUUCGUCUAUAAGGGUACAAAAGCGAACUCCUUUCGCUGGUUCUAAUCGACUAAUUCUAAUUGCAACUUUUGCGAUUAUAACCAAUUGUCUGUUAUAAGAUAUUCUGUAUUUUUCUAGAUAUUCUUUAUGUGUGCCUUGUCUGUUCUAGGAUAUGUAGUUAGACUAGAUCUAUGUAUUCAUAUCCUUACCAUAUUGGUAUUGUGUAAUUCCCUAUAUAAAGGGCUCAUAUCAAUGAAUAAGAUGAUGAUUCUCUUGCU